UUUGGGAUUUGUCAGGCUCUGGGUGCGUGCUGUAGCCCUCACCACUUUUCCUCUUUGGCGUGUCAAGGUGCAGGCCAUCCUGGAGAUCCCGGGCAUCCUCAGACACCGCUGGCAUGAGGGACUGGCACAGGAUCUUUGCCCACAAUGCUCUUGUGCCUCCGCACCCGCAGAGAGUGCGCCAGCCUGCCAAGGAGUCGACGGCAUUUCAGUGCGUCCUGAAGCAGCUGGACGGGCCGCUCAUCAGACAGGGGCUGCUGGAGGUGCUGUCGGAGGUCGAGUGCCACCUGCGAGUGUCUCUCUUUGACAUCACCUACCGACACUUCUUCGGGAGGACGUGGAAGACAACGGUGCAGCCGGCCAAGCAGCUCUCGCGGCAGCCUCCCAGGGUCCUGUUCAACGAGCCCCUGUAUUUUCACACGUCCCUAAACCACCCGAACAUUGUGGCCGUGGUGGAGGUGGUUACCGAAGGCAGGAAGCGGGACGGGACCCUCCAGUCGCUGUCGUGUGGCUUUGGAAUCCUCCGGAUCUUCAGCACCAAGCUGGACUCUCCCACCCCUGCUUCUCAGGACAAGCGGUUGAGGCUUUACCAUGGCAGCCCCAGAGCCCUCCUGCACCCGCUGCUCCAGGACCCCGUGGAACAAAACAAGCACCUCACUGUCAUUGAGGGCUGCAGCCUGCAGUACAGCCUGAAGCCACACCCACCGCUGGAGCCAGCCCUCCACCUUCUGCCUGAGAACCUGCUGGUGUCGGGGCUGCAGCACAUCCCUGGCCUCCUGCCGGCGCCCGGGGACACCGGUGAUGCCCUCCGGAAGCCUCGUCUUCAGAAGUGUGUCCCAUGGUACCUGGACGACGUGUUCUUCACGCUGUACCCCUGCCUGGAGAAGUUCGAGGAGGAGCUGCUGGAGCACCUGGUCAGCGACCAUGUCCGGGAGAGCGGCGGCCCGCUGGACGGCGGCAUGUUGGAGGUCCGGGAGCGGCGCCUGCAUGUGGGGGUGCACAACGGCCUGGGCUUCGUGCAGAGGCCGCAAGUGGUGGUGCUGGUACCCGAGAUGGACGUGGCCUUGACACGCUCAGCCAGCUUCAGCUGGAAAGUCAGUUCCUCUUCCAAGGCCAGCCCUGGAAACCAAGCCCUGGUUCUGAGGAGUCGCCUCCGUCUGCCCGAGAUGGUCCCUGACCCGGCCUUCGUGGUGGUCUUCCAGCUGGAGUACGUGGUCCGCAGCCCCGCGGGAGCCGAUGGCAGUGCCGCUCCAGCCGCCACGCUGUCCAACCUGGCCUGCAUGUACAUGAUCCGCUGGGCCGUGUGGAGACCCCCAGAGGCCGGGGCCGGGCGGGUGACCCUGCCUCUCCAUGGCGGGGUCCGGCCCAACCCCUCCCACUGCCUGGUCUACAAGGUGCCCUCGGCCAGCAUGAGCUCGGAUGCGGUGAAACAGCUGGAGUCGGGAACGAUCCAGUUCCAGUUCUGCCCCGGCUCGGAGGAGCUCCUGGACACGCCCACGCCGUGUGCCAGCGGCCCCAGGGCGGAGCGGCGGUCCUGCCGGAGGCCACCCGCGGCCCCUUCGAGCCCGCCCAUCUCAGCGCCCCAGGCUCUGGCUGCCACCCAGGACUCACCUGUGGGACCAGGGCUGUCGCUGUCCCAGCUCGAGGCGUCCCCGGUGUCCUUGCCUCAGCCCCACUCUGCCAAACCUGCUUGCCUGCGAGUGGACAGCUCUCAGCGCUCCCCAGCCCAGGCUGAAUGCCCGCUGGAGGGCAGGGUCUCGCACCUGGAGGCUGACCUCAGCCGGCCGGCCUCGGUCCUCGAGCCAGCGAUUGCCGAGCAGUUACAGGAGCUGCCCAUCACGCCCUUGCAUGUGCCUGUUGUUGUGGGAGUCCCGACCAGGAGCUCCAGAGGCCGGCUGUCCAGAGCCUCCUUGGCGCUCCUGCAGUCCGCCGGCUUCCCUGAGAUCCUGGACGCCCACGGGCAGCCCGCCGAGGCCGUCAGUCCCGCAGAGUCCGUGCGGGUGGAGCCCCAGAAGGAGGAAGCGGAUUGUCUGCGAAGCAAUGAGGUCGUGCUCCAGUUCCUUGCCCUCAGCAGAGUGGCCCAGGACUGCCCAGGAACGCCAUGGCCAAAGACUGUGUAUUUCACCUUCCAGUUCUACCGCUUUCCCCCCACCACCACGCCGCGGCUGCAGCUGGUCAGGCUGGACGAGGCUGGGCCGGCCGGUUCCGGCUGCGGCUCCGGCUGCCUGACGCACAUCCUCGUCCCGCUGGAGAAAGACGGCUCCUUUGACGCGGGGGCUCCGGGCUUGCAGCUGAAGUUCACGGUGGACCCUGACUUCCUAAAGCCCGGCGAGCAGUGCUGCUUCGUGCGUUACCUGGCCGCGCAGGCCCUGCAGCUGGACGUGUGGGACGGCGACUCCCUGCUGCUCCUCGGCUCUGCUGGCAUCCCCCUGCAGCAUCUCCUGCGCCAGGGGCGGCCAGCUGUGCAAGUGUCUCACGAGCUCGAGAUUGUGGCAACCGAGUAUGAACAGGACGCCAUGGUGGUGAGCGGCGACGUGGCUGGCCUUGGCUAUGUGAGGCCCAUCGGCGUGCACACGGUGGUGAAGGGCCGGCUGCACCUGACCUUGGCCAACGUGGGUCGUGCGUGUGAGCAGAGAGGGAGCAAACCCAGCACACUGCCACCGUCCAGGUCUCGGGUCAUCUCCAAUGACGGGACCGGCCGCUUCCCUGGGGGCAGCCUCCUCACGGGAGCAGGCCCAAGACGUGAGUGGAUGGUGAGGGCACAGAGGCUGGCUGAGGUGGACAGUGAGUUGGCCUCUAUGCUGCUGACACAUGCGAGGGCUGGCCAGGGGCCCCACAGCACCAGGCAUGAGUCGGAUGCCGUCCGCCGGCGCAAGCUGGAGAGGAUGCGAUCGGUGAGGCUGCAGGAGGGCGGAGGGGAGCAUGGCAACCUCAGGACCAGCGCACUGGCUCGGCAGAACCUCCUUGCGCAGCACCUGCGGGACCUGCAGGUGAUAGACGCCUACCGUGAGCGCACCAAGGCCGAGAGCAUCGCCAGCAUGCUGAGCCUGGCCAUCAGCACGCAGCACACGCUCUACGCCGCGCUGGGCACCGCCGAGUUCUUCGAGUUCGCGCUGAAGAACCCCCACAACACGCCACACACAGUGACUGUCGAGAUCGACAACCCCGAGCUCAGCCUCAUCCUGGACAGCCGAGAGUGGAGGUUCUUCAAGGAUGCAGCCGGCCUGCAGACGCCACUGGAGGAGGACAUGUUCCACCUGCGAGGGGACCUGGCUCCCCAGCUCUAUCUGCGCCCCCGUGAAACUGCCCAUGUGCCCUUCAAGUACCAGAGCUUCUCCACGGGCCCCCCGACACAGGCUCCUCCCAGGCUGAGCUCCGAGAAGGCUGUGGAUGCUGGGUGCCCUCCCAGGUCUGGUGCCAUGCCCACCAAGCAUGCCAAGGUGCUUUUCCGCGCGAGUGGCGGCAAGCCCAUUGCUGUGCUCUGCCUCACCGUGGAGCCGCAGCCCCAUGUGGUGGACCAGGUCUUCCGCUUCUACCACCCAGAGCUCACCUUCCUCAAGAAAGCCAUCCGCCUGCCCCCCUGGCACAGGCUCCCAGGUGCCCGCGUGGGAGCGCCGGCCGAGGCUGUCCCUGUGCACGUGCGCUGCAGCGACCCCGACGUCGUCUGUGAGGCUCACAGUGUGGGCCCCGGGGAGCCUCAGGACGUGUUCCUCAAGGUGGCCAGCGGGCCAAGCCCUGAGAUCAAAGACUUCUUGGUGGUCAUUUACGCGGAUCGCUGGCUGGCGGUGCCCGUGCACACCUGGCAGGUGUACCUGCACUCGCUGCAGCGCGUUGACGUCUCCUGCGUCACAGGCCAGCUGACCCGCCUGUCCCUGGUCCUUCGGGGGACACAGACAGUCAGGAAAGUGAGAGCCUUCACGUCACACCCCCAGGAGCUGAAGAUGGACCCCAAGGGCGUGUUUGUGCUGCCGCCUCACGGGGUGCAGGACCUGCACGUGGGCGUGAGGCCGUGGAGGGCCGGCAGUCGCUUCGUCCACCUGCACCUGGUCGACGUGGACUGCCACCAGCUGGUGGCCUCGUGGCUCGUGUGCCUCUCCUGCCGCCAGCCGCUCGUCUCCAAGGCCUUUGAGAUCACGCUGGCCGCGGGUGAAGGGCAGGGCACCAACAAGCGCAUCACCUACACCAACCCCUACCCCUCACGGAGGACCUACCGCCUGCACUGCGACCACCCGCAGCUGCUGCAGUUCAAAGAGGACUCCUUCCAGGUUGGCGCGGGGGAGACCUACACCAUCGGCCUGCGGUUCGCACCUCGGCCGAGCCCGGGGGAGGAGGAGAUCCUGAUCUACAUCAACGACCACGACGACAAAAACGAGGAGGCCUUCUGCGUGAAGGUCACGUACCAGUGA